AUGCAGAUCCCCGAUGGACUUUACACCGAAGUUGGGCUCUUCUGCGUGUUGCUACGUACUGUCUUCCCAAAGCUCCCACCUGAACAAGGUCUGAGCACGGUGCGUCGUGUGCGACGUUGUCUGAGGGCCCUCCUAGACGUCACAGUGAGUCCCACUCAAGCCUUGGCGUCACGCUGCGUCGCGUCGUGCGAGCUGUCCGCAGCUUUUAUCUUGCGAAGACUCAACACUGGUCACCAGUCCGAAACGCUGCUCAUGCUGCUCGCAACUCUGGCACGAAUCCGGGCCCUACUCUUGCAGACAGUUCCGGUCUUGCCAGCGGCUACGUCCGACCAGAGUCGAACCUUGCCGUCUUCCAGAUCCGACCAGGUUACGGUCCUGGAGGCGGCCAUGCCCGGCCGGGUACUGGAUGGUAACCACCCUGAUUCUGGCCAUUCGAGCCUGGAUCAAGACCUGGGACAGCCUGUGACGCGGCACGAGGUAGCGGUGGCGAAGCUGAAGAGGCUGUACCGUCGCCUGAAGACAGAUGCUAAGAAGCCAUCGUUGCUGAGGAAGACGUGUCUUAGAGGGCUACGGGACAUCAGGGCAGGGCGUAGCUCCUUGCUGGCAGAAGCAAAAAAGAUGCGGGCUGCAGCGAGGAAGGGGCGGUGACGAGAUGGCGAUUGGGAGGGAAAGGUGUUGGCAUUGCAUAUUGUGAAGACUGCGUCCAACGUGUCUGUGGUCGCGUGUCUUUGCAGUGUCGUGGCGGAAGUACAUGCCGAACCUGGGGGUUUCGCUGUUCACCGGCUGGCUGGUCUUUGCCUACUGGGGCUGGCUGCAGAUCGCCCAGAAUGACAAGUUUGUGCCCAAGGAGAACAGGCACACGCCACCGCACACGAUCCUGAUGAACUAUGUGACUUCGCGCUUCACAAAAAAGGAAGUUGCCAAGGCGGCCGACGACGAGCCAAAAAAGUGAGACUGCUCCAGUGUAGUCAGGAUAUGGAUGUGAAGUUAGGAUGUUGAAAUUAUAGACUUGUUCUCCUGUUUUAUGCAUAUGCUUA